AAGCAAUUGAGCACAUCUCUCGUCAAAGAUGGCGGACGAGUACAAGGCCUUCCCAGGCCGACGCCAAGACAACAUGUGCACGACGAUGGCGGCGUUGCCUGCGAGCGUCACGUCCAGACUCCUGUCAUGCUUAAGUUGGAGGAAUGGAGCAUCAAGCAGCAUUGCCAUGCAAAGCGGUCGGCGGGUAGUGAUCGACACGGACUUGGCCGAGGGAGGCUUCUCCUUCGUGUACGUCGUGCAUGAUGUGGAUACCAUGAAGCAGUUCGCCAUGAAGAAAAUCCCGUGUCAGUCGUCGGAACAGCGCCAGUUGGUGUCCCACGAACUUGGCGUGCACAACAAGUGCCGACACAAGCACUUGAUGCCCCUCGUGGAUUAUGCUGUCGUGCAUACCGCCGCCCCCGACACCAGCACGUACUUUCUCGUGUUCCCGUUGGUCGAAAACGGAUCAUUGCGUCAAUACAUUGACUCUUUUCGAUCACGGCAAGCAUUCAUGCCGGAGCGAGCCGUGGUCGACAUCUUUGUCAAAGUCAGUCAAGCAGUCGCCUUCCUUCAUGCACAAGAGCCAUGUCUUGUGCACCGGGAUAUCAAGCCGGAAAACAUACUGCUAGACCAUGAUUUGGAUCCAAUUUUGACCGAUUUUGGCUCAGUCAUACAAGGCGAUGUUGCCAUUCUCACACGGUCAGAUGCCCUCAAAGCCCAGGAAGUCGCGGCGAUUCACAGCUCGAUGGCGUACCGCGCACCAGAAUUGUAUGACGUACCUACCUCGUCAACAUUGACAUGCGGCACAGAUGUGUGGUCGAUGGGAUGCUUGCUGUAUGCGAUGAUGUUUGGGUACUCGCCGUUUGAGUGUUCGAUCAACGACAGUGGACACGUGAAACUGACAGACUGUACAUACUUGGCCGUGCUGGGGACGGUGAAAUUCCCGUCGCAGUGCCCAUAUGAUCCAUUCGUUUUCGAUCUCGUUCGAUGGAUGCUCACUGUGGACACGACCUUGCGACCGACCAUGGCCGAUGUCCUUUGUCGAUUGGAGCGUCGACCGUAGCCCAUACAAUAUCCUUGGACCCGGGACUUUGGUGGUGUUUUCCCCAAUAAAAAGGUCAUUGGAAUCACACAUAUUCAAGUCCACACACACGAAAUCGAUGUUGACGAUGGUUUCCUCGAAUCUGGUUGGCCCAAUAGAUGUGCCGAUUCUUGUGUACUACCAGCUACUAGUAAUACGUAGUACUAUUAAUAGUAUGGUGUCG